AUGGAUAUACUCGUCCAUACAGAUGGCACAUGGACACCCCGUUCUACGAAGCGCCUGCCGGGCGAAGUCACCAUCCUACACUCUAUCCGGAUUCCCAACCUGCCGGAUCAAAAGAUCGAGUUCCCUGAUGGGGAGAAGCAAAUUGCCGCUGGAGCUACAGCCUUCUUCUCCGGCGCUCGUGCUUUCGCUUUUUUGACACCUGAGGAGCAGGAGUUUGCGCUUAAUACCACUGUUACAUAUGAGCCUCAGGCGUACGAGUACAUCAGGCAGUGUAAAGCUUUCGAAGAUGGUCUUACCAUACCCACCAUGGGCCGCGAAGUCUCUACUGAGCAGAUGUCGGAGUGGAGUUGGGUUAAAGUGGCUGAACAUCCUAUGGUCUGGAGGAAUCCCAUGAACCCAGAUAGACCUUUUCUGCAAGUGCACGGCUGCGUCUACAGACUCACCACCAGAAACCCAGCCACUGGAGAAGUAACAGUAAUGAACGACGUUGAGCAGGUCCGGGAAACGGUCUACAACAUGCAACGCAAGAUCUACGCAGCCGAGAAUAUCUAUGCGCAUCGCUGGAAGGAGGGCGACCUGGUCAUCUUCCAUAAUCGUGGUGUUAUGCACAGCAUCACUGGUCAGUUGGCCAAGUUCAAGGAAGAAGAGGACAAGAGGAGAAUGUUGUGGCAGUGCACAAUGACGAGCACGAGUGCGCCAAAGCCGUUCCGGGAAUACGAUGGGGUCAAUGAUACGGGCUAUGUGAGGGCUUGA